CUGGCUGUGAGCAUGCUCAGAUCCGUGGGAGGCACCGAAGUUGCUAGAUUAGAGCUCCUUCGGAGGUAUAAGGAUACGUCUAAUAACUCAGUUGCUGUAAAUCCGUGGUUACAUUCCUGGGACUCAACAUCUCUGCAAGCCUCAGGUUGAUGGCAAUGUUCUUUCUACUUCAUUUCAUCCUCCUGUUUGAUGCCAAAGAUUUCUUACUGACUGAAGGCAGGACAGUCACUCCUUUGUGCCAAAAAGGAUACUUUCCCUGUGGGAAUCUUACCAAAUGCUUGCCCCGCGCUUUUCACUGUGAUGGCGUGAACGACUGUGGAAACGGGGCUGACGAGGAGAACUGUGGAGACUCCAGUGGAUGGGUGACUAUAUGGGGUGCAGUCCACGGACGAGCUGGCAGUGGGGCAGUCACACAGGAGUGCUUUCUAAACCAAUACCCACAUCACUGUGACUGCAGAGACACUGAGCUGGAAUGUAUAAAUGCUGACUUUAGAUCUGUGCCAAGGAUUUCCAGCAAUGUGACGUUACUGUCUCUUAAGAAAAACAAAAUCCACAGCCUUCCAGAUAAAGUUUUCAUCCAGUAUACACAGCUUAAAAAUAUGUUUCUUCAGCAUAACUGCAUUAGACACAUAUCCAGGGGAGCAUUUUUUGGAUUAUAUAAACUACAGAUAUUAUAUCUCAGUCACAAUCACAUUACAACUCUCAGACCUGGAGUAUUCAAAGAUUUACACCAUCUAACCUGGCUAAUUCUAGAUGACAACCCCAUAGCCAGAAUCUCACAACGGUCCUUUGCUGGAUUGAAUUCUUUGUUCUUCCUGUCUAUGGUUAAUAACUACUUAGAAGCCCUUCCCAAUCAGAUGUGUGCCCGAAUGCCUCAGCUCAACUGGAUGGAUUUGGAAGGCAAUCGAAUCAAGUAUCUUUCAAACUCCACCUUUCUGUCCUGCAGUUCGCUCACAGUGCUGUUCCUGCCUAGAAAUCAAAUUGAUUUUGUUCCAAAGAAGACAUUCUCCUCAUUACAAAAUUUAGGAGAACUGAAUCUGUCCGACAAUCUGAUAACGGAGUUACCACCCCACAUUUUUAAUGACCUGAAGCUUCUACAAAAACUGAAUCUGUCGUCCAAUCCCCUUGGGUAUCUCCACAAGAACCAGUUUGAAAGCCUUGAACAGCUUCAGUCUCUAGACCUGGAAAGGAUAGAGAUUCCAAAUAUAAGCACACAAAUGUUUCAACCCAUGAAGAAUCUUUCUUACAUUUAUUUCAAAAACUUCCGGUACUGCUCCUAUGCUCCCCACGUUCGAAUGUGUAUGCCCUUGACUGACGGCAUUUCUUCAUUCGAGGACCUCUUGGCUAACAAUAUCCUCAGAAUAUUUGUCUGGGUGAUAGCUUUCGUUACCUGCUUUGGAAAUCUCUUUGUCAUUGCCAUGAGAUCUUUUGUUAAGGCUGAAAACACGACUCACGCCAUGUCUAUCAAAAUCCUUUGCUGUGCUGACUGUCUCAUGGGCGUGUACUUGUUCUCCGUGGGCUUCUUUGACAUCAAGUACCGAGGGCAGUAUCAGAAGUAUGCCUCGCUGUGGAUGGAGAGCCUGCCGUGCCGGCUGCUGGGCUGCCUGGCCAUGCUGUCCACUGAGGUCUCCGUCCUGCUGCUCACCUACUUGACUCUGGAGAAGUUCCUGGUGAUCGUCUUUCCCUUCAGCAACGUCCGUCCGGGGAAACGACAGACGGCCUUCAUUCUCAUCGGCAUCUGGAUCGCGGGCCUUUUAAUCGCCGUAAUCCCGUUUUGGAAUGAGGAUUAUUUCGGAAACUUUUAUGGGAAAAAUGGAGUCUGCUUCCCACUUUACUAUGAGCAAACAGAAGAUACUGGGAGCAAGGGGUAUUCUCUUGGGAUUUUCCUAGGUGUGAACUUUCUGGCUUUCCUCAUCAUCGUGUUUUCCUAUAUUACCAUGUUCUGUUCCAUUCAAAAAACGGCCUUGCAGACGUCGGAGGUCAGGAAUCACAUUGGAAGAGACGUGGUUAUGGCCAACCGCUUCUUUUUUAUAGUGUUCUCUGAUGCCAUCUGCUGGAUUCCUGUAUUUGUCACUAACAUCCUUUCCCUCCUGCGGGUGGAAAUACCAGGCACAAUCACCUCCUGGAUAGUCAUUUUUUUCCUUCCAGUAAACAGUGCCUUGAACCCAGUCCUCUAUACCCUCACCACCAGCCUCUUCAAGGACAAGGUGAUACAGCUUCUGCACAAACACCGUGGGAAAUCGAUUUUCAAAAUGAAAAAAAAGUGUAUCAGCGUCCAUUGUGUGGGCAGAUGACUCCCAGCACUUAAACUUGGGGUGAACAAGAUAACCCCUGGGGACAGCGUAAGGAAGCCGCUUUCCUAG